AUGGCAUGGGUCCUCCUGUUGCGUGCAAAGAUCAAGGAAAAUUUGAGGAGACUGAUAAUGAACCACAACACCAUCGAAACUCUUACUGGAUCAAAUUACCAGAAAUGGAAGCAGGAUCUGGAAAUAUCUCUUGGUUUUCUGGAUUAUGACUUUGUUUUAAAAGAGGAUCCUCCUCAAGAGCCUGCUGCAGAUGCCUCUGCAGAAACUAAAACUAAGUUUGCUAGAUGGAAUAAAGCAAAUAAGAUGGCAAUACUAAUUAUGCAGAGGGCUAUGGUAUCAUCAGUCAAAGGUAGCAUUCCAAAAUCAGAAACUGCUAAGAAAUACUAUGAGGCAAUUGCACAAAGGUUUAAGGAAUCUGAAAAGGCAGUCAAGAGCACUUUGCUGAACAGAUUGAUAGACAUGAAGAACUAG